AUGUCCGGCCGCCACUCUUCGGAGCAGGAGAUUGAAAAGUUAACGAAGCAGGCCGAAGAGACUUUAGUCUUAGACCACCUGCCAGCGAUCGCUAAGUAUGGGUCGACCGAACAGAUCCUUCGCCUCUGGCCGAUAAUGCUUACAGAUGCGCGGCGGCUCACUGGCCGCUACAUUCGUUCUUACGAGUACGUUCUCCGUUAUGCGCUUAAGCACGUCGAUGACUCUCUGCCCGCCGAGGUUGAGCGCCUCCUGGGCUGCUUGACUUCUCUAAUGCAGAGACAACCAACAGCGUUUUUGACAUUUCUCGUUGAGUCGCUGAGUCAUUGGCACACUUACGUGAUAGCUAGUGUCAAAUUGCGGGACUAUCUCCUGUCUCUUCUCUUUGACGCAUAUCUGGAAGACAAGCCAAGAGUGGAUAGCACUAAGCUGCGAGCUGCGAUACUAAACUGCAGGGAUAGUAGCUUUACGAUCUGCCGGAUCAUUUCGGGAGAUUUGUCUAUGCAGAAAAAGACAUCUUUAACUAUUCGUAACAUUGAUUCAUUGUUAAGCCUUUUAACGCAGUCCCGAGAUAGCCAUAUAUCUAACGAAUAUGACCUCCUUAUUAAUAAGCUUGGCGAAGUGCUUAAUGCAAAAGCGUCGACUCGCUUGCAGGGCACGCUACUGUUUCUUUUAAAUACGACGCAAAAUCCUGCAACUACCUUGGCCAAUCUGGCUGACACAUUUAAGCUAUACUUAGGUGAAGACGUCUUUUUACACUUACUAAGAAUUUAUGGAUCCUCAGUUGCUGUAACUGAGCCGUUCGUAGAUGAGAUACCCAUAGAUUCUGACUACUUUGAUCAAAAACUGGCUGUGAUAGAGGCAAGCUAUCUUAAGUCACCAUUAGUAACACUUGAUACUAUCUUUACGGUGCUUCACGAAUAUUGCAGACAGGCCUCCACAGAUACAUUGCUUGCUAGCUUUUCCCUUUUCUGGAGUAGAUUGUACAAACUAUUGUUGCAUACUGAUACCAUUCACUCUACCUACACCCCAGUUGUGGGCCUUUUGCUCACGUGCCUUGCGUCUAUUUUCGCAUCGUCUCUUCACAGGGAGGAAAGAAUACGAACUUGGGAGGAGAUUCUUUAUCAAGGACUUAUUGCACGUGCAUUUAACGACGUUGAUCAUCUAGCUCUUCUGAAUGCCUCCUUUCGCGCCAUUGGGCCACUGCCGGCAGAUCAUGGGAAGCUUUGGCUAUGCUUGGCUUACAUGCACUUCUCGGUUCGCACUAACUUGAUUCGGGGAUACUCUUGGUCUGCACCCACUAGAGUAUCUAUAUCCAGCUUCGAUUCAUGUUCACAGCUCCUUUAUAAGCUCAUUUGCAGUGUAGAUCUUCAGGUAUUCUUCAGGCAGACACGCCAUCUUCUCACACACUCUUCGAUUUCAUGUCUUGUUACUAGUCUGUGCCAGUCUAUGCGGUUAGAUCCUAGCAUUGCUGAGCUUCUAAGCCUCACUGAUAAGGACAGGUCGAUUUUGUGUGCAUCAUCUCAAACUGUAUCUGAUCUCCACUCUCCACGUCUUCAGCCGCCCGAGAUGCCUAAGCUAGAUCCGGAUGAUCUAAAGGGGGAGCAACAGUACAAACAGAGUCUUGCCAAGUACAACGAAGUGCGAGCUCAGGUUCUCGCAUUUGAAGAUACCCGGCGGAAGCAUAUCCUUGGUCUUCUGGACUCUCUGGAGCAGCGUAUUUGGACAUAUGUGACAGCGUGGGCGUCAUUCCCAUCACAAUUUGUCGCCUCCACACUUAAGCAGGCUACUGCGCUUGCGCUAGAGCUUGCUUCUGCCGUUGACGGGCUCUCUUCAUCCAGUGCAUCGGCACUUGUCAAGAUACUCGUGGCCUUACUGAACUAUGGGCUCUCUCUUUGUAUUGAGAAAGCUCUCAAUAAGUGCUCUUCAGAUACUCAUGAAGAUACCGGACCCGGGGGUAAGUUCAGGUACUCUUUCAUCCCGUGUUAUAUACAUAACCCGGCGUUUCUUAUUAUGGCCAUUAUACUCUUGAUAAAGAGGACAGGUGAGCAGUCCAAUCGGCAGCUUUAUGACCACUUUCUUUCAAUACUAUCUUCGAACGAUGUACAGGCCCGCAUCAGACAACAGAACCGUCUCUACAUGCAAAUUGCGUUCACAAACUGCUUGGCAAAUAAUGUGCUUGUCGGUGGAGAAUCUUUCCAAUCGUUGGCCUACCUAUCAAAUGUCGCUUGUUACACGCUUUCUUCUCAAUCUACGGUGGGGCAUGGUUCAUACUUUAUGCUUCAAGCUGCUAUGCCGUUAUUCCACGCAUUUCUUGAUGUCGAAGACAAGACCGUUGUUACACUAAGCGCAAAACAGUUAAUCUUUGAAUAUAUGAAUGCCGUAUUGGUCGUCACUCCUGAAGCCGUUCAACAAUCGAUGCCUAGGCAGUUCUAUCGGGACUUUCUAGAGCAGCUCCUGAAGCUUCUGGACUAUGGGGAGUCAUCUAGAUUGGGACGCACGAUUCUAAAGAUCUUCUGUGAAAACAUACCAUUUAGCUGCGUAGACUCAUCUAUAAUUCAGCCUCUACUGAAGAAUAUGUCCCAUCCAACUCAGAGAUCGAACAGACACAUGGCUAUCGACGGGCUAAUGGCCUUAAAGUUCACUACUCAAGAUCUUCAGCACAGGCCAUCUUUGAUUAACACCCCAGAGCUUUGCUGUCAGUUCUUUAUUGCUAGAACAGAGUUCCCCUUGGACAAUUUUGACCGAUUCAUUGCCUCCCAUCUCCACACGCCCCUACUUGUGGAGCAGCCAGUAGGGCUUCUCAGAGCGUUUUUAACAUAUGUUCUAACGACUAACUGCUCACUAUAUGUCUUAGGUCUUUUCCCAAAAACCCUGGAGAACCUUCUUGGGCGGCUUUUACAAUAUGAGCAGCGUACCAUUUAUCUUGCUUAUAUCAUCCUUAUUAACAAGCUUGUGUGCUCCUAUACAACUGUUGAGGACUCGCCUGUGGACGUUGGGACUCCCGCUGCGUUUUUGCGACGUCAGCUGUGGACAGCCAUCUCUAUUGUCACUCAGCUAUUGACGGCCAAUAACAUCACUGUUUUUCAGUGCCAGCAAGCAGUUACCGUUCUAGGCGCCCCAGAGCUUCUUCUAGCAGGGUCUCUUUCAAUGCUCCCGUCACACUCGUUUCCAAUAGCAUGUAAUAUAACGCUCAAUGAGCAUUCUUCGGAGAAGCACAGAAGGAUCCAGAAACUGAGGGAAGAGUGCUUAUUUGUACGCUGUAAUACUUCGGCUCCAGAAGACCUUAAGGUUAACCCGCAUCUUGUUGUGGUGCCGAACUAUUUCAGUGAGGACAUAGUACUGGAUACUUUACGGGCAAGUCCUUAUAUUUUUGUCCAUCAGGAUCCCGCAGAGCUGUCGUGUUUAGAACUGCUUGUUAGGUUUGCCUUGGUCGUGGGCUUUUUGGACUUCGACGAGAGCUGUCGGCGCAGCUGUGUAGACGCUAUUUCGUCCAUUUUCAUGUCUUACGGAGUCAAAUAUAAAAACCAAAUUUGCUUCAUCAAAAGCUCGACAAGGAAUGAUUACAUGGCCUCUGUAGUAAUCCCCGAGUCUGCCAUUUAUCUCGCACAGUCUGCUGUAGAUUAUGGAACACUCUUAUUGAAGCAUGGCAAUUUCUACAAGUAUUUACUGCACCAGGAGUCCCUCAUCCACUAUCUGGAUAUAAAUGGGAUCUCCUCGAUCAUCACUGUCCUGACAGAUGUAUGCUCCUGGCUUCCAUGCUCUCACUCCUUCCGAGAUCAAUUCUUUGACUUCCUCACGGAAGCAUUGAAGCUUCAGGACAAUACAGACAGCCGUGUUCUUUACCAUGCUAUUGUGAGGAAUGUCUCUCGUGCGUUUCCUCCAGAUGCUCCAGAAGCCCUGGAAUAUGCCAUCAAGGUGCUGAUACCUCGCUUUGGGGAUACAUGCAUUAAGCAUCUUGACACGUAUCCAGGGGCUCCUUUCGCUCUGGCCGGUAUCUCUGCAUAUUAUGGCCUGGAGUGCUUAAUUGGGGAUCAGGGGGUAAUUUCAACAUACCUCCUCCCUCUCUUUGGGCCAGCAGAUCAUAUCAGUACUCUUGGAAAGGCUAGCACCACUGAGGUGCGCCAAAUACUAGUUGCGUUGGCUCUCCUGGAAGGACUCUACAUCGGAUUUGGACAGCUAUUUGAGCCUUGCUUGGUCCUUGUUUUGCCAUACAUAUUGAAGCUCUCUGGAUCGCCUAACAAAACUAUUGCUCAGAGGCUUGAUGAAAUACAUGAAAAGCUUCUCGGCAACUUGUCUCCCUUUGGCAUGCAGUAUAUCCUGUCAACUCUUCUAAAGGCGCUAGAUGCAUCAUCCGAUUGGAACGAACGUUACGGUGCCCUCACGCUCAUGUAUUGCAUCUGCACAUUCAAUAGUGCCGUCAUCUCGCAUUCCCUACUUAAGAGCAUUAUCUUCAGCAUGCUUCCUCGCGUGAUUCCCGUUGUUCUAGACAUCAUCGUGUCUGAAGUUAAUGCUAAGGUCAAAGAAGCUGCGCAGAAAACCAUGGACAUCAUUACCCUAUCAGUGCAAUCACCAGACAUACGCCCAUAUGUUUCGCGGAUACUAGCUGCAUUCACAGACCCGUCGCUACUUCGAGACAUUCUCUGCGACGUGUCAGACAUAAAGUUUAAGACCAAGCUUGACGGCGCAUCUUUGACUCUGCUAGUUCCUCUUUGCAGAAAGGCUAUAACGAUGCCCACGGCAACUAUAUACAGCAUUGGGAGAAACAGGAUGGACGGUGUACAUACAAAGGUGCUUGCUUGCGAAUGUUUGGCUCUUUGCUGCAAGAUUAGCAACACUAUGGAUCUCAAGGAGCACGCAGCCUUGAUUAAACAGUCUCUGAAGUCUACCUUGAUAGAGACAAGGCCUGAGAUACGCUCUGCUGGUGCAAAAUCGCUUGCCAUUCUUGCGACUGCCAUUCCAGCUGACGCUAACGGCAUUGUUAAUGAGCUCUGGUCGAGCAUCUUCCUUAAGAGUAAGGUCCCGUACGCGGAAGCACACGGAUUAGCAGAGGCUAUUAGCACAGUUCUGGUUGAUCUAGAUCGGGCUGACGAACUUUACCAGCACCUACGUUUAUUCUACUACUUCCGUUGCAAUUGGACGUUUGGGAAGCAAUCGCUGGAGAUCUCCGACACCAUGGCAGAUCAUCUUUGUCGGCAGUAUCAAUCUGCUAACGCCGUUACCUUCCUUUUAAUAUUGCAAUAUAUGACCAAGCGCAUUGUGGAGCGUAAGGACCUUGACCAAGAAGCGGAAUUUAUCAAGCUUUUCUUCAGAGAGGCGUUCUCGAUGAUCUUUAUAUCGGCUAUGGAUAACGUUCAGGAUGCAAGUUAUUUCCUUGAUGUGCGUUCUCAAAUUGCUCGUAUCUUGGCAACGUCCUUCCUCGGUACAGACAACUCUCAAAUAGAAUCUAUUCUGCAGACGAUAAAGAUCUUUGCCUUUUCUGAGGAUCAUUCAACAAGGGCGCUUUGUGCAUCUCUUACGGCAGAUAUUAUCAGCGACUUGGGGUCAGAGACUAUGUCCACUAUCCUAGAGUCCCAGCCAGAUGACAAGAGCAAGAAGGCUAAGGCUCUACUCAAUGAAGCUUACUAUUCUCUGGGAGAAAGAAGUGAGAAAACAAAGAUCUUCAUUCCAGACAAUGCUGUUAAGCAUGCCAUUACACGUCUUGGGAAGAGCAACUUCGAACUGCUUAUGUCCAUCAUCUUUGUGCUGCGACUAGAUCCUGUCUCAGAGGUGCGAACUCAGGCGAUGACCACGUGGAAGGCCAUCGUCCAAAAGCCUCUGGAGAUGACACGGGAGUGUAUGCCCAAUAUCAACAAGCUUCUUUUCGAAAUGAGCAACUGUAUUGACCCCACAGAGGUAGUCGAGCCAGACGUAUUCAGCUAUCCGCUAAUCGUAGACCUAACUAUUCAGGACCUUGUCCGCAUGUCUAAGACCUAUGCCUCUGAGUACUUCUACCCUAUGCUUGUAGCUAUCGUUCUGGACGCUGAUAUGAGCUCUAGCGAUAUGGACACCGACGUGUCUUCUGCCCUUUACAUACUCUCUGUUCUUUUGAAGCAUCUGCCGCCUCCUGCCGACACUGUUAGUGAGCAGCUGAUUGGUAAGGUGUCCCUCUGUCUAUCUAGCUCCAAUGUGCUGAUUUCGUACAGCGCUGCUAAUCUCUUUUCGUCAUUCGGUGCUGGUGGCGAAGCUUCUAUAGAUGUUACGUCUAUAGUCGUCGACCCGCUACUUACCGACGUUCUUGAGUCUAGUAGCUCUGCUGACAAAUCCAUUGUCACUUUGGUGUCUCUUUGUCACAAGAAGAGGGCCACCAUGGUGACUGUGAUAGAUAGACUGUUGACUAUACUUGAGGAGGACUUGCUGGGAACUUGUGAAAAGAACCAGAGAGUCGCACGAUUUAUGGAAGAGUGCUUGACAGGUCUCCCGAGACCGUUCUACUCUGCCGUAAAGGAUAUCUUCCAGAGAGUGUCUAGAUCCCUUUCAUCACUAAGCGAAGAAGCUCUCUCAGAUACCGAUCUCCUCGUCAACUUUAAGACACAUCCAGUCGGUUGCAUCCUGAAGGCAAUCGUUCUAUGUAUUGGAGAUGAUAAAGACUCGUUACUGAUGCUCGAACGGUAUUGCAGAGAUAACUUUGAGUCUCCGUUCUUUGGUCAGCUUGUUUGUGCGUUUUAUGUACUCCAGCUUCUCCUGGAUCCGUCUAGCUCCGAUGAUCUGUACGUAAGCAUCAUCAAUGAUUCUGAUUAUAUCAAGGCUAUUCUGCGUGCAGUGUGCUUAGCUAUGAGCCGUAGGGGUUUAGCAGGAAGCAUACUGGCUACGAUGAAUGUGCUGCACAGCCUAACUAAGUCUGCUGGGGCGAGCAACUACGAUUUUCUAACAGCAUUUGCAUAUGGUCUGUAUAUGGGGCUGCGCUCAGCAUUGGCGUUGAACUCAGGCCAUCUCGUGGUGGCCACCCAGGUAGAUCUCUCUCCCCUUUUGGAUAUCCUGAUGUCUCUACUGUCAAACAAGCUGACGACAAACGAGUCUGUUCAGAAUGCUGUAUUUACUAGCAGUCUCUUUCUCUUGCACACUGCUGGGAGCGUGCCCCAUGGGCAAAAAUCAAGCCCUGGAGUUGCGACGGUGAUCAUUGAUGAGGUGCCUAUUUUCGUCAACACAGAAGAGGCAACAAAGCCUUUGAAGCCCUAUGUUACACGCCUUGUUGGGCGAACUUUGAAUAUACUGAAUGACCAGCUUCCUCUGGACAUUAGAUCAAAACUUCUUGACAUGCUGAGCACCAUUCUUGCUCUAUCGCCAGCCAAUUGCAGGAUCUUUGAAGGAUCUAUUCGCAUAACUAUUAUGACUAAGAAAGGACUCACCUCCGCAGCCAAAGAUGUUCGCACAGCGGCUGCAAGAGUAAUUAGAACGUUAACUAAGAUAACCACAAAACCAGAGCAGUUAGCAUAUAUUCUACUGUCCCUGGCUGUAUCGUACAGCUCUGCGACGCACCAAGUUGCAAUCUCUUCUGAGAGCGUGGACAUUAAUGUCUCUGUACUAUCGUGUCUUGCAGAUCUUUUGCAGACUGUGACUCUUAACCAGUCAGCACCUUUGAGCAAGAUUGCUACCUUGCCAUUGACGCAAUCAAUUCUGGACUCAAUUAUAUCUUACAUAUAUCGCUGUUACGUUUUUGAUGCUAUUCCUGCCUAUAAGGGCCCUGCAGCUGAAUGUGUCGCUUCGGCCGUUCUGCAGCUUCCAGCUGACAAAGCAAUAGAGUGUAUUAUGAACUAUGUCUUUGAAAAGAGUCCAGAUAAUCUGAUAACUGCCGAACAAAAUCGCAUAGCCCUUAAGCUCAUAACAGCAACUCCGGUGAAGCUUUCAGCAGAGACAGCCCAACCGUCUGGAAUAGAACUUCUGCUGCUAGCCCAUGAGGCAUACAAUAGGCUUAAUGGAAUCAGUGAGCUAAUCGACUGUUGGCUCAAGCAGCGCAUAGACAAGGCAUCAGAGUCGCACGACCACCUUGUUCUUCUGGAGUUAUACGCUGAGGUGUUCCAUGUGGCAGGAUCGUUUGUUUCUACCGCUGGCACCUCUUCGCCUCUGUGCGCUAAGAUCACUGAGCUUAUUGCUCCUAGUAUUAACUGUCUUGAGACUGUUCUUAGAGUGCUCGUCAACCCAGCCCAAAAGGGAACCACCGAUCACAAAUUGGCGACUAUUGCUAUCCUCAGCCGUUGCGUCUCCAGUGGCGAGCUUUCGGAGGCUCACCUCAAGCUUCUAGCAAUAUACAUUGCCGUAGAGCUGAAGAUUCUUCUUUGUGACAAGAGUCAGCCGGUAAUGACAGCGGCAGAGGAGCUAUUUGUGUCCCUAUUCCGCUUGCAGUAUGGUAUGGACUUUGCAAUGUCGAUAUUUACUCAGCUAAAAGAAUCGAACGAGGGCUUCGCCAAGGAGCUCCAGGCUUACUCCGAGAUGCUCAGGAAGAGGCUCAGAGCGCACAGCUAG